AUGCGAGCCGCUCUACUCUUCCUGGUCUUCUCGGCCACCGCAGUAAGCGGCAAGAGUAACUACGACCUUAUCGACCCCCUCAUCGGCUCAGUGAACGGCGGAAAUGUCUUUGCCGGCGCCUCACUGCCAUAUGGCAUAGCCAAAGCCGUCCCUGACGUCUCCGGCGCCAACACCGCCGGCUUCUCACUCGACGGCAGCAACAUCACCGGCUUCUCCACCCAACACGACUCCGGGACCGGCGGGAAUCCAAGUCAAGGCCAGUUUCCGCUGUCCCUGCAACCGGCUUGCGAGGGUGGGGAGCUGGAGAAGUGUAAGUUCGGGAGUAAGUACGAACGAGCUGUCAACUAUCGACCUGGAAGCGUGGAGGCGGAGCCGGGGUAUUUUGGGCUAGAGCUGGGAAGUGAUGUCGGGGUUGAGGUGACGACGACGGAGCAUGCUGCGCUUUGGGAGUUUGACUUCACCAACCAUUUUGGAAAGGAUACGGUGAGUCCGUUGAUGCUGCUGGACUUAACGGAUCUGCAGGAUAGUCGGCAGAACGCUUCGAUCAGCGUUGAUGCUGAAACCGGAAGGAUGGUAGCUAACGGGACGUUCUUGCCGAGUUUUGGGGUGGGGAGUUAUCAGUCGUUUGUCUGUGUUGAUUUUAAGGGUGCUGGGGUGAGGGAUACGGGGCUCUGGGUGAAUGAGAGGGGUGGGACGGAGCCGAAGGAGUUGUUCGUUAAUCGGGGGUAUAGUCUUUUCUACAUCCAGGCAGGAGGCUUCGUGCGCUUCCACAAGCCGGAGAACAACGUCCUGCAGGCUCGAGUCGGCGUCAGCUUCCUCAGCAGCGAAAAGGCGUGCCAUAACGCUAAGACCGAGAUCCCGGACUGGAACUUCAACCGCGUCCGUGCAGAAGCAGCAAACGCAUGGAAGGAAAAAAUGUCCACCGUCUCGAUCCUACCCGGCGGAGCCAACGAGAGUAUACAGCGGACCUUCUUCACAGCCAUCUACCGGACGAUGAUGAGCCCGCAGAACUAUACUGGCGAUAACCCGUUGUUUCCGGCUGAGGAGCUGUAUUUUGACAGCUAUUACUGCACAUGGGAUUCUUUCCGGACGACGUUUCCGUUCUUGACGAUCUUUGACCCGGGGACGUUGAGUCAGAUGAUUACGAGUUUGCUGAAUAUUUAUGAGUCGGUUGGAUGGCUGCCGGAUUGUCGGAUGCAGCUUUGUAAGGGGUAUUCGCAGGGCGGCUCUAAUGCAGACAAUGUGAUAGCGGAUGCCUACGUUAAGAAUCUGACGAACAUCGACUGGAGCCUCGCUUACUCUGCCAUCCGCAACGAUGCAGAAAACGAGCCCUUCGACUGGGGCGUAGAAGGUCGGGGUGGCCUGCAGUCCUGGAAACGCUACGGCUACAUACCAGUCUUCGACUACGACACCCAGGGCUUCGGACCAGACUACCAUUCCAUCUCCCGCACGCUCGAGUACGCCUACAACGACUUCUGCGUCGCCACCCUCGCUGCCGGCUUGGGCGAAACGGCUGACGCGGAGAAAUACCUCCAAAGCUCCGGGAACUGGCACAACCUCUGGAAGGCAAACCAGACCUCCUCCAUCAAAGGUAACAACACCGGUUUCAUCGGCUUCCUGCAACCACGCUACGCGAACGGGACGUGGCGGUAUCAAGACCCCAUCGAGUGCUCUCCCCUUGACAGCUUUUGCAGCUACAGCAGUAACCCAAAAGAGACGUUCGAAGACAGCAUCUGGGAGUACGUCUUCUUCGUCCCGCAAGACCAGGCUCGUCUUAUGGAGACUGUAGGCGGGAAAGAGCAAUUUGUCCGCCGACUGGACUUCCUACACGAAAGCGGGCUUCUCGAUAUUUCCAACGAACCCUCCGAAUUGGUCGUGUACCAGUACCAUUACGCCGGCCGCCCUGGUCUCUCGGCGCAGCGGCUGCAUAGCUACAUACCCUCGUCCUUCAAUGCAUCGCAUAACGGGCUACCCGGAAACGACGAUAGCGGAGCUUCAGGAUCUUUCGUUGCGUUCGCUAUGAGUGGCUUAUUCCCCGUAGCAGGACAGAAUGUCUACCUGAUCAGCCCGCCUUUCUUUGAGAGCGUGAGUUAUACGAACGCUAUUACGGGCAAGACGGCGACGAUUAGGGUGACGAAUUUUGACCCGGAGUAUAAAGAGGUAUUUAUCCAGAGUGCGAGGCUAGAUACGGAGGUGUAUACGAGGAACUGGAUCGGGCAUGAGUUGUUUUUGGAGGGCAAGACGUUGGAGCUAACGUUGGGGCGGGAGGAGAGUGACUGGGGGACGAAGGAGGAGGAUCUGCCGCCUAGUACGUCGCCGGACGGGUCGAUGGAAGGGUAUGAGGCGAUGUUUUAG